AUUUUUUUAUAGAUGAUUCUUUUUAUAAAAGGAUAAAAAUUUGGGAGCAAAAAGAUAUGGGUUUGGUUAAUGUUAGCUGGUUUGUCCUUUAAGGAUGUUGAAGGGAAUCUUAAACAAUGCUAUAAAAUAGUAUAGAGAGUGAAAGAGGUCCUUUUACAUAAAAUUAAAAUAAUGCAAUUUGUACCCCAUUUUGGAAACAAAUUAAAUUAAUUAUUGUUAAGUGCCCAUUAGAGUAUGAUCCCUGCCAUCAUUCUCAAGUGUUUAUAAACACGGGGAUUGAUGCUCUCUCUUAGCUAGAUGAUCAUCAGAUCAAAUUAGCUGAUCAUCACCACCAAAUUAUCCCUCAAAACAAAAAACAAGAACAAAGAUAGAAGGGAAAAAGAGAUGACUGGCUCUGGUUCUCCAUGUGGUGCUUGCAAGUUCUUGAGGAGGAAAUGUAUGAGGGGCUGUGUUUUUGCUCCUUAUUUCUGCCAUGAACAAGGAGCUACCCAUUUUGCAGCCAUCCAUAAGGUCUUUGGUGCCAGUAAUGUCUCCAAGCUCCUCGCACACCUCCCGGUUAGUGAUCGCUCGGAAGCGGCGGUUACCAUCUCAUAUGAAGCUCAGGCCAGGCUUCAAGAUCCCAUCUAUGGAUGUGUUUCUCACAUCUUUUCCCUCCAACAACAGGUUGUAAGUCUACAAACACAACUAGCUUCUUUGAAGGAACAAGCAGCAAGAACUUUGAUUAAUGGAUCAAUUGGUGUAAACCCUAAUGAAAGAUUAUGUGGGAAAUUCCCUUAUAAUCCACAAGAUCUUCAAGGGUGGCUUCAAUCAGAAAUCUCAAACAUGAUUCCUCCGCGAUUUGAUCCCAACAUGUCCGACAAUUUUGGAAACAUGACGCAAGGAGAGAUGAUCAUGAACCUAAACAACAUGGGAAAUCAUUAUCGAAAUCCAUCCCUCGGCCAAGAACAUAUGAAUUCCUUUGCAAGCUUUGAGGAGGGAUCUCAUUCUAUGGACUCCUUUCAACAAGGUAUGGAGACGAGCGACAGGCAGUUGCGUUUCCAAGAUCAUGCUGACGAGCUUCAAUCUAUUCCUUUCGGUUAUGUUCAUCCUCAUUGA